ACAAAAAGCAUUACAGUUUCGGACUACUGAAAGCGGAGCUAAAAUUGACAAUUAAAAACCAUGGCAGGAGAAGUGAUAGUGGAUGCUUUACCCUACGUUGACCAAGGAUAUGAUGAACCAGGGGUCAGAGAAGCGGCAUAUGCCCUUGUUGAGGAGGAGACCAGGAGAUAUCGGCCUACCAAGAACUACCUGGAGCAUCUGGCAGCCAUUGACAGCACACCGUUUGUUACUGAAGUCCUGAAGAAUGAGUUUGAGAGGAUGGCUAUGAGGCAGCCCAUGGAUAUGUUAAGCAUGAAGAGGUACGAGUUACCACCCCCUCCCAUUGGACGUCAGAAUGACAUCACAGCCUGGACUGAGUGUGUUGAGAACUCCAUGGCCCAGCUGGAACAUCAGGCUGAACGAGUCAUCAAUCUAGAACUUCUCCAGAACUAUGGCAGUCACGCCUGGAGGUCACACAAUGAUAUCCUAGUAAAGAUGGUGGAAAUGGCCCAGCAUCAGGUACAGGACAUCAAGAAACAGAUCCAGGAAGUCAACUGGAAGAGGAAAAAUAAGCAGACUGCUUCAGGACCAGAACUCACAAGGCUGCAAGAAAGCUGGGCCAGCUUGGUGUCCAAGAACUUUGAGAUUGAGAGGGCGUGUCUGGAGCUGGAGUACGACACCAGCAAACUUGAACAGCAGGUGGAGUCCCUGAAACCAAAGUCUGAAACCCAAUAUGGACAGGCUCACCAACAAAGCAACGAUGUUCACAUGGAAGAGAGCGAUGAGGAGGAGGAGGAGGAUGAUGAGGACGAUGAUGAGGAUGAGGAUUAUGCUGCUCCAAGAUGAUACUUCUGCCACCUUUACCUAGAAUUUUUAGAAAUGUUUUCAUCGUGUCAUUGGACAUUGGACUCUUGUAAAAAAGACAGAGGUGUCACAGUGUAAAUUGAUCUGCUGAUCUUUUCCAUUGAUAGCAGAUGUAAUGAAUCUUCAGGAAUGCAAUGUAUGAUGGGCAAGUCUCAUCUAAAGGCCGUCUGUACUAGUUUGGCUAGGAGGGAUUAGACCACCCAGGGUAGUCACUGACAGGUGGCUAUCUCAUCAACUCAGCUCUCAAUUAACAUAAGAACAAGAGGAUCAUGGGGGACCAAUGGUCACCAAUGAGGCAUUGUUUUCUAUAUAGAGGGAGCAAGUAGCUACAAGUGGUACAGUAGGGCUUUAACACAAAUACCAUUCAACAACUUCAAAGAACAGCUCCUCCCCUUACCCCAUCUCUAUACUCCCCUUCCCCUCCCCCACAGGAAAUAACUGUAUACAUACCCUUCUCUGGUACCCUUCUUUUUUUUCUACAUGCGAGAUAAGUAAUCGCAAUGGAAUUCCAAUCAGUCUUGUAUGUGAGCGAACUGCAGAAAUUUUACUAAUGACCGGUCAUAAGUAAAUACUUGACCGGUCAUUAGUAAAAUCAUGUUAUGAAAUAAAUAAAACAUCAUCUUAUAAAACAAAUAAUACACAUCAUUUUGUUAGAUCAGUGGUGAAAUUACCCACAGUCGGUACUUUAGAAACAGUCCAAACACCCUCGGCUAUGGCCCUGGGCGUGUUAGACUGUUCCAAAGGUAUCUUGUGUGGGUAAUUCUUACUAAUGC